AAAUUGCAAUUUAAUGUAUUAUUUCGUCGCAGGUGUAUUAUAUUUCGUGCUGUCGUCGGUUGCGCAGUAAAUUUGGUGGCAAAAUGAAAAAACACGAUUGAUCGUUUCUCACAAAUUUAUCUCAAAUUGAUAAAUAGAUAAUAAAUAUUGCAAUCGUCAAUCUGUGGAGAUAUAAACGGACGUACUCAAUCUCAGUGUAGAUUAGUCCGUCUGGGUAGAAGAAUCUACGAAAAACGAUUAUGCAGAAACUUUAGAAAACAAUACUGUGUGGUUGUUUUCGCGCGGUGUAAAGUUUGGAUUGUGUUCGAUUUUUGAAUUAAAUAAAAAUAAAAUGGAGACCUAUAUAGGAGGACUUUUACCCGAGUAUUUUUAUAAUUUUGUGGAAGAACUGGAUGAACAUCCAUGGUUAUUUUCUGCUCUUGCAUCUAUGCUGGUCGGCUUGAGUGGAAUCCUGCCUUUGUUAAUAAUUCCUAUCGACGAAACAGCAUCGUUUAAAGACGGAGCUGGUGCAGCGACACUGCGGAUACUACUAAGUUUUGCGGUGGGAGGUUUAUUGGGAGAUGUCUUCCUGCAUCUUCUACCCGAGGCUUGGCAACACGACCUGGCCGCUACUAAAGAAGGAGAACAUGUCUCGAUGAAAUGCGGUCUCUGGUGCCUAUUUGGGAUGUUAGUAUUUAUCGUGGUGGAGAAACUCUUUGCGGGCGGUGAAGAAGACGAAGAUGUUCCUCAGGCAAAUGGCUCUGUAAACCACAUUGAGAUAGAGGAGAUCGAGAAGCUUCUAGAAGUUGAGAGAAUGAAUAGAGGGAAAGUGAAAGGGGGACUUUGUGGUGGCGGCGGCAGCAACGGCACGGUGUCGGCUAAAGAGCUGUAUGACACCUGCGUCUUCAACAACAACACGAAGGGAGAAGGCGGAUGUUGCAGUACAAUAGUGACGACAACGAACGGAGCCGUCCGGUGCAAGGGUAACCGCUGGAUGGGCAGAUGUCUGCUGCGCGAAGCUCGAGAGAAGGCGCUGAAGGUCACCAAGGAGAAAAGCGAGAAGAAAGACGUGGCAGGGUACCUAAACCUAAUGGCUAACUCCAUAGACAACUUUACACACGGACUGGCCGUCGGAGGGUCGUUCCUGGUCGGCUUCAGAGUCGGCCUGCUCACGACUUUCGCUAUACUUGUUCACGAAAUACCGCACGAAGUCGGCGACUUCGCAAUUCUACUUAAAAGUGGCUUCUCGCGAUGGGAAGCGGCUAAAGCUCAACUGGCCACAGCAUCAGCGGGUCUGAUCGGUGCAAUGACUGCUGUUAUAUUCAGCGGAGCGAGGAACGCUAUAGAGGCGAAAACGUCGUGGAUAGUGCCGUUCACUGCGGGCGGGUUCCUGCACAUAGCGCUCGUGACGGUGCUGCCGGACCUGCUGCGGGAGAACGACAAGAUGGAGUCGCUCAAACACCUGGGAGCUCUCGUCGCCGGCAUUCUCGUCAUGGCAUUCAUGACACAAUACUUCGGGUAAAAACAUGACAGGGAUGAUAUCAAAGGCUGGUGCCUACCGUCUGAUGGACAUCCGCUCUGCGUUUAUACAAUCAAUUAAACUAAUCAAAAAAACCUAAAUGUAGGUUGAACUAAAACUUUAAAUGUAUCCAAGCAUUUUAUAUGUUAAGUAAACAGUUCAUUAAUUAGUUCGAAUCAAAUUUAAUCGUUUACAAUAA